UACAACUCAUACAAACAGAAUCACAAAACCCCCUAAGCCUAAAACACACCACUAAACCAGAUUAAUUAAAAGGUCACAGCUUGCAGAUGCUAAGCACUAUUUCCUCAAUUUCUUCACCGGAACACAAAAACAACCAAACAAAACCCAUAAAAUAAAAAACACAAUUCCCAAGAAAGUAAGUAAAUAACACCCGUUCCAAGGAAAGAAAAUAACAACUAUAACAUUUAACAGAGCAUGACCAUGAUAUGAUGCUCCUGCUCCUCACUCUUCAGCUCCAAACAUAAAAAACAGAGCACCCACUUUACCCAUUCAGUCACAACUCUUCAAUUUUCGACCUUUAUCGGUUUUUUGAAACCCCAUUUCGAUGGAACGUUCGUAUCGCCGGCGCCGGCGAACAUGGUGCUGCUCCUUUGCCGUUCCGCCGUCGAGCCCCGACAACUUCUAUUCUUCAACCCAUUACUCGAAACCGCGUCAGGGGAAGUCUGAAACCUUCUCAAAACCGAAUCUUUCGGUCCCAAGCUCGCCCCAGAGCACCAAAUCCGGGUCCAGAAUGGCGGGUCGGAUCGACCCUCGGAGGAUCUUGUCCCCCGGCAGAGUAUUCGAUUCCGAGCCCAAGUUGCGAUCUCGGAGCUUCCGGGCACCGACACCGCCUCCGCUGCCUCCUGCGGUGGUGGAAGAGGAGGGUUCUGGCAGCGGAGGAACUAAAGACGGUAUUUUUGACGUGAGGAUGUGUUUGAGAGGGAAGGAUGGUGGGUGCAUGGUUUUGGAGCUGAAUUCGGUGGUUCUGUACGCGAAUUCCGAGGUUUUUGCUGGUUUGAUAAGUGAUUACAAGAAGGGUUCAGGUUCAACUUCAAAUGGUAGUGGCUGUAGCAGCAAAAUGUGCAGGAUUGAGGUUCCUGAGGUUGAUAACUUGGGGUUGUUCAGAGAAACCAUUGAGCUCAUGUUCGAGGAUGAUGUUACCAAAAGGCUCGCUAAGAUUGGUGUUUUUCGAUCCAUCGACGUUUUGGAGGUGGCUGCUGGCAUCAAGUUCACAAGGGGUGUAUUAUCCUGUUUGAAGUACCUUGAGGCUGUUCCUUGGACUGAAGAGGAAGAAGAGAAAUUGAGGAGCUUGUUCACGAGAUUCAAGUUCGAUGAUACGACAACCAGGGACAUCCUAGGUAGAUUCUACUUGAAUGAUUCAGCAGAUUCACAGCCAAAUGUAGCAAUGCAACUCGUUUGGUCUAUCACCGGUUCUGCAGAUGCCAAUGCAAGGAACGAACUUAAGUCACUAGUAAAGGGUUUACUAAGUAAAAGCUCAGUCUAUGAGAAGAACCAUGCUGACCUCAGCAAGGAGGAUCUAUAUUCUGUUUGCCACUCGUGUCUCGCUUCUCUAGUUAGCCUAUUUGAGGGGAAACCCGAUGACAACCGUCAUGAACAAUCAUUGCCGAUGAAAGAUAUGAACAAGCCUUUGAUCGAACGUGUUGCAAGACAGGUUGAUAACAUCAACUGGUUGCUGGAAAUCAUGUUUGAUGGGCAAAUGGCGGAAGACUUUGUUGAUAUAUGGGCCAAUCAGCAGCAGCUACUUAAAUUGCAUGAUGAUGCCUCUCCCAUGGUAAGAUACGAACUGAGUCGAGUGUCGGCAACAUUGUUUGUCGCCAUCGGCACCAGAAAACUACAAUGUCGGUUGGAAGCUAGGUGGGGGCUUCUUCAGGCGUGGUUCAAACCAAUGCUGUUGGACUUUGGGUGGCUGCAGAGAUGCAAAAAGGGGCUUGAUAUGAAGGCAUUGGAAGAGGCAGUGGGUCAGGCACUUCUUACUUUGCCUCUCAAGCAACAACACAUGCUGUUUAUGGAAUGGUUUCGGUAUUUCUCAAAGCAUGGUACUGAGUGUCCAAAUCUAAGUAAGGCAUUCCAGAUAUGGUGGCGCAGAUCAUUUUUAAGGGGCUCUGAGACUCAUGAAAUUGAAUCAAGGUAAAGAAAAAAAGAAUACUGAUGCUUGUGAUGUUUACUUCUGUCUACUCUGUAAAGAGUUGCAAUUAGGUGAGAAAUUCUAAGCUAUGUACACUGAAUAAAGUAGAUGAACUCCAUAUGAAGAUGAUCAUUGUAUUAGUUGAUUGAUGCCUAAAUAGUAUCGAAUUUUCUAGGAAGUUUUUGUAUUAUUUUUAAUUUAAUUUAUUAAUAUUUUCUUAAUGGCCUAGGUCCUAAUGAGGCCUCCAAGAAAUCCUCAUAAAAAAAGAAAACUCGUUGCUGUACCUUAGAAAGGUCUAUUCUUGUAGCACAUCUGUUGCCAUGGUCAUGCUAUUCUCGUUUGUUUAA